GUUCGAAAGAACGAGAAGGUGUCUUUCCUGCGUCCCGCGCCUCCUCGUCCGCGCCCGUUAACGUGUCAUCUCCUGUACUGUUGCUCCGAAGUUCGGGAAAAGCGGGAAGUGCGCCGACAGAGCCGGAGCAGGGUCCGAACACCGAGUCAGUGCAGACCACUGGAAUCGGCCAUGAAGCCAGAUCUGUCCACCGUCAUCUCGUCCUCCCUGUACAUCUUGCUUCUUUCAGCCUGUCUUAGCGCGGCGCUAGAAAAGCAGGAUGACACCGCCGACGACAGCUACUUGGUGGAACAGAAGCGCCCCUUCUGCAACGCCUUCACGGGCUGCGGAGGCAAAAGAUCUUCCCCCAACCGAAUAGAUCUGCUGGCUCGACUUCAGAACCGGCUGCUCAGUGAGAUCCGCAAUUUGGAACUCCGAACCAGACUUGAAGAAGGCCCCAGCCGCCGACACGAUGAAUACACGGACAACCUUCGAAGCAACGGCCUCCUAAUGGACCUCCUGACGCCUUCGUUCCGGAAACGAAAGUUCCCAAUGGAAGGUCCGUAGGAGUUUAGCCUGGGAUACCAACGUACGUCUCGAGGCAGGCUCUCACAGGACUCCCUCCCGCUGUCUCCAGCCCUGUUGACCGAGGUCGCCGAAGAUGAACGUCGAUCAGCUUGUGUAGCGCGGUGUGCCACGAACCUUGUUUAGGCGAUCUCUGCUCCCGGUCUUUGCAUUCCAGCGUUUUCGUUGACCCGAGCUUUGCACGUCCAAGCACACCUUGCUUGAGUACGCCCACGCACGUCGUCGUGACCUUGUAGACUAGUCGUGUAGUCGUAAAUUCGAAUAAACUGCCCUCGUUUUCAAGACG